AAAAUUUCCAGAAAAUAAAAUAAAAUAUCUUGCUUUGCCAAAUAUCCAUUCUUCAUUUCUUUCAGAGGAAGAACCCGAACAAAACGAAGAAUGCAAGGUUUAUCUUCUUCUCUAUCAUGUUCAAUCCCAUAUUCAUCAAAAUUCAAACCAGUAAAAGCUUCAUACGACACACAAACGCAACACCGUCUCCCUUACAACCGCAACGCUCCUAGAAAACUCUUCAACAACACUCAACCCAAAUCACAACCUCCUUCUCUCACCACAUCACCACCACCGGCACCACCUUCUCCGCGUAAGGAACAGUACGUUUCCGAUCUUCUCAAACGCGACACUCCUCUUCCAACCUCAGAUGAAGAAAGCGAAACCUAUUUAGGUUAUGAAAAAUGGCUUCCAACUCCACCGAAAGUCGUUAAGCCUCGUUCCGUGUUUAACGCUACUUCGUUAGCAUAUAUUGGUGAUGGCAUUUAUGAGCUAUAUGCUCGUAGGCACUUUUUAUUUCCUCCCCUUAGUAUUGAAGAAUAUAAUGAUCGUGUGACAGCAGUGGUCCGAUGUGAGGCUCAAGAUGCAUUGCUUCAGAAGCUUCUAAACAGUAACUUCUUAUCAGAUCAAGAGAGGGAUGUUCUUCGAUGGGGAAAGAACAUUGUUUCAAGCAAAACUAAGACAAAAAAGCGGGCUGGUUCACUUGUAUAUAACAGGGCAUCUUCACUAGAAACAUUAGUUGGCUAUCUCUAUUUGACAAAUGUGAAUCGCUUGGAAAAGUUAAUGUUGGAAUUGGGAUUCUCAGUAGACUCUUCAAUGCCUUUGAAUUUGGAUGAGCUAAUAACAGGUGAGCUGAACGGUUGAUAAAGUUGAUCUUUAGGUAUUCUUCCACUGGAGCAGGCAAACCAACUAAUUGAAAAUUUUGUUCGAUCUAUUGCAUCCUUCGAUAAUGCCUACCCCAGUAUUAGUAAAUUGGCUCCCUCUUUUACUUGCUGGCGGGAUCAGAAGCCUUUGAGAUCAGUACAGACAUUGAAAUGACAUACUUUGAGACCUUUUGCAACAAUGCAUGCGUUGCGUACAUAGAUUAUGGUACCAUCAUUUGUAAUUGUUAGUAUUGUUCUUCUUCAGAGGAGUAAGAAGAAAAUUCAGUGAAGCUUUGAUUAUUUGAUAGAUUUGUGUUAGGGUUAGCAACUCUGGUUGAACUUGAUCCAGCAUUAUAAUUAAGUUAGUUGAAUACUAAGGAACAUAGUGACCAAAGGUUCUGCAGUGUUUGAUCUUGUUUUGUUUCUCAUUAUAGGGAACAUAGCUGCAUGUGGUAAUGAUUGUUUUUGCAGGUGGAGUAAAUCUUCGACUCUAUCAUGAGUCAUUUUUGU